UAACGAUGGCCUUCCAGGACACGCAGAAAAGAGGAAUUGGGCCUGGCUUAGACUCUAAUUCCCACUCUAGAAAGGAAAAUCGUUUGACGCCACGGUUAACCCCACUUCCGCUCCCCUUGCCGCAGUCCUUCCUCCGUCUGUCACCAGCCAUGAAUUCCGCUCCCUCGAAACUCUACUCCGACGAUGUCAGCCUGGUCGUCGUCCUCCUCGACACCAACCCCUUCUUCUGGGCCGCCGGCGCUGGCGGCGGCAACACCUCCCCGCACCAUCCCGCUGCCACCCUCCCUUUUGCCAAAUUCCUCAACCAUGUUAUUCCAUUCUUGAACUCCGUUCUCCUCCUCAACCAACUCAACCAAGUGGUCCUCAUCGCCACCGGAGUCAAUUCCUGCGGCUAUAUCUACGACUCGGCGGGCGGAGGGUCCCAUGGCGGGAACGUGCCCGCCGUGUGCUCCGAGAUUCUUCGCAGGCUGGAGGAGUUCGUGGCCAAGGAUCGGCGGCUUGGGAAGGGUCCUGAUAGGGUGGUCGUCGGCGGUGUCUCUUCUCUGCUCUCGGGAUCGCUCUCCCUAGCUCUAUGCUAUAUUCAGAGGGUUUUCCGAUCUGGAGCACUCCAUCCGCAGCCACGAAUUUUAUGUCUGCAGGCAUCUCCAGAUGGACCAGAACAAUAUGUUGCAGUAAUGAAUGCAAUAUUCUCAGCACAGCGUUCCAUGGUUCCUAUUGAUUCAUGUGUUAUAGGGGUUCAGCACUCUGCUUUCUUGCAACAGGCUUCAUAUAUUACUGGUGGGGUUUAUCUGAAGCCCCAACAACUAGAUGGCUUAUUUCAAUACCUUGCAGCAGUAUUUGCAACUGAUUUGCAAUCACGCAACUUUUUACAACUUCCUAAGCCUGCAGGAGUGGACUUCCGUGCCUCUUGUUUCUGCCACAAAAAGACCAUUGACAUGGGGUACGUGUGUUCUGUUUGUUUGUCAAUAUUCUGCAAACACCACAAGAAGUGUUCUACCUGUGGGUCAGAGUUCAAUCAAUCCCCUCCUGAUGCCAGCGCAACAUCAGAUAGAAAGAGAAAAGUUUCAGAGGUCUGACCAUAAGCAUAUGGCCUAAUUUCUGCCUUCCAUUUCGGGUGUCGGUCGAGUUUAUUCCCAUGUUCAAGACAUUAUGAUCCCCUUCCUCGAGGCUAUCUGUAUCGUUUCUUGAACAUCCAUCCUGAUGACUUCUGGCAGAUCACAAAAACUUAAUUUUCGAUUAGCAUUAUUUUUCCCUUUCCAAUGACUUCAGGGAUGUACAGGCUGAACUGCUAGUAUAUGAGCCUUCAUUUCAUAGAGCAU